GAGGGCGCUCUCCAGAAUCCACAGCAUCACUUUCCUCUGAUGACCUUUCACCCCGGCGCUUCUGUCUCUGCAGCUCUGAGCUUUUGCGGCUAAAUAAUGAACACAUUCUCUUUUGUCAGUGGAAUGUCGUUGAUGAUUUGUUAAUUUAGCGAUAAACUAAGUAAUCGUUUAAUAUUUAUCCGGACCUGACACCUUAUUUGACUCUCGCUGGGGCAUGUUUUGACAGGUAGCGGUUCGCUGUUAGCUCGUAUGCUCAGUCACGGCUAAUAACGCCAAUUAAAUCGUUGUCGUCUGAGAAAACAUCCGGUUUUGUCCAAAUCAGAUGACAGCCUUUGUUUUCUUUCUUUCAACGCUUUAUCGACCCAUUUAUUAUGACGUGUCAAUUGCAAAUUGUAAUCAUAAACGUACUGGAAAGUCUUGAGUCGGCGAGUUAUUGACAGUAAACCAAUCCGGAUAAAGACAAGAAGACACUGCCCAAUGCUGUGAAGAAGGAGACUUGGCAGGUUAUCGUGGGAACUAUCUGCUUGUCGUUUGAUUGUGACAAACACAUUUGUUGUGGGCGACUUUUUCAAGGAACAAUGGCAAACGUCACAGACCUGCAAACAAAAUACAGCAAACUGGCACAGGAGUACUCCAAGCUUCGUGCCCAGAAUCAAGUGCUCAAAAAGGCAGUAGUGGAUGAACAGGCAAACUCGGCUUCAUUAAAGGAGCAACUGAAACAGAGAGACCAAAGUUUACGAAAGCAAGAGCAGGAGAUGGACAGCCUGAGCUUCAGGAAUCAACAGUUGGCAAAAAGAGUGGAGCUGCUUCAGGAGGAACUGGCCACCAGUGAAGCUAAGGGCAAAAAAGGGAAGAACAAAGGAGACUCCCCAUCUCAGCACGGUUUGCAGACCCAGAAUGUGUUUGACGAGGACCUGCAGAAGAAGAUCCAGGAGAAUGAGAGACUCCAUAUACAAUUUUAUGAAGCUGAUGAGCAGCACAAAAGACAGGAAGCUGAGCUCAGGGCACGACUAUCAGAGCUGGAGAGAGCCUCACAGGAGCACCAGGCUAUUGUGGAGGGACUCACCACCAAAUACAUGGAAAACACAGAGAAACUGCAGAGCGACAAGGCGCGAUUAGAGCUAAAAGUACAAACAUUGGAACGUGAAGCAAAAGAGUGCAGGAUGAGAACAGAAGAAUGUCAACAGCAGUUGAGGAGAUGUCAGACUGAACUUAACCGACAAGUGAAGCAAAGCAGUAGUGUUAUCCAGGAGAAAGUGCCCUUUAAUGACACCAAAUAUAAUGACUACAACAGCCUAAACGUGCCUCCACACAAUCGACGGCACCAGCUUAAGGCACGGGACCUAGCAGGACAAGCCCUAAGCUUCAUUCAGGACCUGGUGGCAGCUCUGUUAAACUUUCACACAUACACAGAACAGCGGGUGCACAUCUACCCUUUAGACUCAUCUAUUGAGCCCAUUUCACCUCUUAAUCAGAAAUUUUCUCAGUACCUUCAUGAAAAUGCAGCCUAUGUGCGCCCCCUGGAGGAUAGUUUUCUGCAGUUACAUCAAAGCAUAACAGAGGACACUGUUACAGUUCUGGAAACUGUGGUUCAGCUGAAGCCCUUUGCAGACCAUUUCUCCUCCUACACAUGUUUUUUACAGAAGAUCCUCCCCUACCAGCUGAAAAGCCUCGAAGAAGAGUGUGAUGCUCCUCUUUGUACCGCAGCCCUUACAGUGAAAAACCAGGAGCUGCAACAAGACAUGAAGAAAGUUUCUUCUAUAUUUGACAAAAUACAGAACUAUAUUAACCUUCUAGCCUUACCAAGUGUUGAGCAGGAUGCCCUGCCACAGAGCAGUACCUCUGCUGUUUUCACUCAGCUGGCUGCCUUCCUCCACAGCCUCCAUGAUGCUGUUAAAGAGAUGUCAAAGCACUACAACCAGAAGGCGGCCUUAGAACAGGAACUCCCCACAGUCACACAGAAGCUCUGCACCACGACCGAGUGCCUGGUGGGCUCUUUGGGUUCGCUCACCAUCGUCACUGGAAAGAUUGCCACGUUCUUUAGCAACAACCUGGAUUUCUUCACAUCUUCAGGAUACAGUCCUAAAGGGAGCACUGUCACUCUCAACCCACUGCAGGCAGAGACGAUGCUGGCUCACAAGAAGAAGGCAGCGGCAUACAUGGAGGCCAUCAAAAAGCCACGGCCGCAGUCUGUUCCUUAUAAAGAAGCCCUGUCAAACCGCCGGAUCCUUACCAGCUCCACGGAGAGCAGAGAGGGACUGGCACAACAGGUACAGCAAAGUCUGGAGAAAAUUGCACGUCUUGAACAGGAGAAGGAGCACUGGCUUCUAGAGGCUCAACUUGGCAAAGUGCGGUUAGAAAAAGAAAAUCAACGCAUCGCAGAACUAGAGGCUCAGCUGACGGCAGCGCUUGGUGGAAGUCUAAACUCACAAACAACUCCAAACCAUCAGGAAGAGGAGACAGGGCAGAAAACGGCACCGAAAGAAGCAACACUAUACACCAGCCUGGUCGGCAUGCUGUGCACAACUCCUUCAGUAGAAGAUGCGGGGGAUGAGGAGUCCAGAGAGCAGCUCAUAAAGACUCACUACAUGACCAGAGUUGGAGAGUUGACCACACAGCUCCAGAUCUCCGACAGUAAAGCUGUGCACUUUCACUCAGAGUGCCGUGCUUUAGCUAAGAGAUUAGCUCUGGCAGAAAAGUCUCGAGAAACACUAACUGAAGAAGCGAAAGUAUCCAACCAGAACAUCACACGGCUGCAGGACGAGCUGACGACCACCAAGAGGAGCUAUGAAGACCAACUGAGCAUGAUGAGCGACCACCUGUGCAGCAUGAACGAGACUCUGAGCAAACAGAGGGAGGAGAUCGACACGCUCAAACUGGGGAGCAAGGCAAAUGCCAAGAAAAACAAAGGUCGCUAGAACUGCCAUGUAUUCUCUGGGCAUUUCAUGGACUGGAAAUCCUGCCAUCUUGACUAUGAAACAGGACUAAAGAAAAUAAGCACCGAUCUCUUCACCUGUCAAGCAGCAAUAACUGUGUGGAGUUUUGUUUUCUUUGACUGAAUAUGUUUUCUCCAUUCCCUUGGACAUUGGACAAACCACCAGUUACAACUUUACAAACUCUAUAAUCUGAGCGUGCACACACCAAGAUGGAUGAACUGGAAACUUGAAGACCAAACCUAAUUAAUCGAUGUGUGUUUUACUGCUUUUUAUUUGUGUGAGACAUUGUUAUCAUUGGGAGGAGUGCGCGCUGAGUCAAUGUUUGUGUGCCCUCAUGUGCUGACUGUAGCACCAGACAUUUUGUCAUACAGUGUUCAUGGAUCCACUGAAGAAAUAAUAAUGUAAAGAUAUGUUCUAAAAGAAAUAGCCCCUUGUAACACUUAAGCCUAAAAUUAUUCAUACCACUCGAAAAAUGAUGCAGAAUCUUGUGUUAUUGUUUUGUUUUUUCAACUGUGACACAGUGGUGGCAAACAGAUUGUAUAGGAUUUCCUGCAAAAUAUAUGCAAAAAAAACUGAGACUUACUGGGAAUUCUUUCAUUCACAUACACAUAAAAAAUAACAGCCUUAAAAAAAUCUAUACCAGGUUUUGAAUAGUAUUGGGCUUAACUGUAUAUGUCAAGCUGCUGCUCAGAAGGGCUUCUUAUGGUGCACAAAUGAAGUGCACAUUCCUUCUAAGUUGAGAAAGAUUUCUGCCUUGAAGCACUGAGUUUACCAACGUGUCAGAUGAACAUGUCGAAGCCCGUGAAGCAUCGUCUUUUCUGUGAACACAAAGUUUAGAUGUUUUUAUCACCAAAGUUCUAAUAUAGAUGUGUGCACUCUAAAGCCCACUGUAGCUUCUAAUAAUGAAUCAUGUAAAAUAAAUGGAACAAAAAGGGUCAAUAAUCUGUAAAUACACUUGUGAUAUAAUUUCAAAUCUCUAUGGCAUUUCAUCUGAGUUUACAACUUUUUUAUUUUCUCACUGUUAAAUUAAACCUGUAAAAACAUUCAAAUUUUGCAUUUUGAUCUGUGUAUUUUUUCCACUGAUUUUUCAUUCUAUCUUGCUGUAACUUGUCUGUGAGUCACGACACCAGGAAGUCUCUGGCUUGUAUAGACACGAGGGCAAAGUUCAGUAAAGAUUGUAACCAGAUCUUAGCCCAUUACACCUGCCAGCAAAUCUUUGUCACAAAAGUUUUGCCACUAAUCUCAAAUCAUAAAACUAUUUGUAUUUUUUACAAUGUAACCACUGGGAAAGCACAUAUAAACUCAUGUGUGAAAUAAUAAAAUGCUUAUUCAAUGUAAAAAAAAAAAAAAA